GCGGAGGCGGAGGCGGAGGCGGAGGCGGAGGCGGAGGCGGAGGAGGCGGGUUGUCCGACAGCGACGCGCUGGCGGGCUCGCCGCGCGAGCGGGCAGUCGCGAGGCUGACACAACCGCCUCCCCCGCCGCCUAGCGGCUGCUGCGGUUCGACGGCGCUUGUGCUGCUGCUGCGCUCGGACGGGAGGCGGGCGGAGCGGAUGCACUUGGCGUGGCUCGGAGACUGUCGCGCCGUGCUGUGCACCGGCGGUGUCGCGGAGGUGCUCACGCGCGAGCACUGCGCCUCGAGCGAGCCGGAGCGGCGGAGGGUGCUGCGCGACGGCGGGCAGGUGGAGGCGGGGCGGUUGUGGGGCUUCCUGCAGGUCUCGCGCGCGCUCGGCGACCUCGACUGCGCCACGGGCCGCAAGCCGGCCGGUCUGAGCAGCCACCCGGAGCUAGCGUCGAGGGAGGUCCGGCCGGAGGACGAGUUUGUGUUGCUCGGCACCGACGGGCUUUGGGAGACGGUGGACACGGCCGAGGCGGUCCGACUCGCGCGAGACGAGCUGCGCACGUACGCCGACGCGUCGAUGGCGUCGGAGAAGCUGGUCGAGACGGCGCUCAAGCGGCACGCCGACGAUAACGUCACUGCCGUCGUGGUGCAGCUCAACCCGAUCGCGGAGGACGUGCGGCCGCUCCGGUCUAUGAAGCGUCACGGCGCUUCGCUUGCCGACCUCGUAGCGGCGGAGGAGGCGGCCAAGCGGAAAGAGGAGGCUGGCUGA